UUCAAUUGCGCAAGUCUGUGCAGUUGUACUUUGGUCAAUGGAAAGUUAAUGUUUAUCUCUCAGGAUUGAAAACGCGACUAGGCACGGUGGCGACUGACAAGGUUGCAGGCAAGCUGAGUUCUACUCUCUCAUGGGUGAAGAACUCUGUGUCACACACGGUUAGUCAGAUGGCUAGCCAGGUUGCCACCUCGUCUAGCCAGAUUGCAACGGUGCCCUCGUCCCUGCAGACCACCACAGCCGCCUCCUCAACAUCCCUCUCCCCGUCUCCCACGUCGGCAUCGCCGGCUAAACUCAGCCCAGAUGAACUGGAGCUGCUCGCCAAGCUGGAGGAGCAGAACAGGUUGCUGGAGACGGACAGUAAGUCCCUCCGCUCUGUGAACGGCUCCAGGAGGAACAGCGUCUCCAGCCUGGUGUCCAGCUCCUCGGCCUCCUCCAAUCUGUCUCACCUGGAGGAGGACUCCUGGAUCCUCUGGGGACGCAUAGUUAACGAGUGGGAGGACUUCCGCAAGAAGAACGAGAAGCAGCUCAAGGAUCUGGUCAGAAAAGGGAUCCCCCAUCACUUCCGAGCAAUAGUGUGGCAGUUGCUAUGCAACGCCCAGAACAUGCCUAUCAAAGACCAGUACUCUGAGCUGCUGAAGAUGACAUCACCAUGUGAGAAGCUGAUUCGCCGGGACAUUGCCCGGACGUAUCCUGAGCAUGACUUCUUUAAGGAGGACAGCUUGGGACAGGAAGUACUCUUCAAUGUUAUGAAGGCCUACUCUCUGGUGGACCGGGAGGUCGGCUACUGUCAGGGAAGUGCUUUCAUCGUCGGACUGCUUCUCAUGCAGAUGCCAGAAGAGGAGGCGUUCUGUGUGUUUGUGAAGCUGAUGCAAGACUACAGACUGAGAGAACUGUUCAAGCCCAGUAUGGCUGAGCUGGGUCUCUGCAUGUAUCAGUUUGAGUAUAUGAUCCAGGAACUUCUCCCAGACCUCCAUAUCCACUUCCAGGCCCAGAGUUUCCACACCUCUAUGUAUGCCUCUUCCUGGUUCCUCACCAUUUUCCUCACCUCAUUCCCUCUCCCCGUUGCCACCAGGAUCUUUGAUAUCUUCAUGYUAGAGGGUCUGGAGAUAGUGUUCCGCGUGGGGCUGGCCAUCCUACAGAUGAAUCAGGCAGAACUCAUACAGCUUGAUAUGGAGGGAAUGUUACAGUACUUUCAGAGGGUCAUUCCCCCCCAGCUGGAAAGUGGACCAGACAAGGUCAUCCUGGCUGCUUAUAAUGUCAAGUACAACGCCAAGAAGAUGAAGAAGUUGGAAAAGGAAUACACUACAAUCAAAACUAAGGAGAUGGAGGAGCAGGUGGAGAUUAAGAGGUUGCGCACAGAGAACCGACUGCUGAAACAGAGGAUAGACACACUGGAGAAAGAAAGUGCUUCAUUGGCAGAUAGAUUGAUCCAGGGACAAGUGACGCGUGCCCAGGAGGCAGAGGAGACCUACCUGGUCAUGCGGGAGCUGGCCACGGUCAGGCAGCAGAGCGAAGAGGCCACAGCUCAGCUGGAGCUAGCACAGAGCACCAUCAGGGAUCUCCAGCAGAGACCCCUAUUGAAGAGCAUCCCGUGCUUCACAGAGGAGUCCAUCCUGCAGUUGGAGAGAGAGCUGGUUCAGGCCAGGCUAAAGGAGGCAGAGUCCCAGUGUGCCCUCAAGGAGAUGCAAGACAAGAUUCUGGACAUAGAGAAGAGGAACACAUCUCUGCCAGAUGACACCAACGUGGUGCGGUUGCAGGAGGAGCUGAUAGCAGUGAAGCUGAGAGAGGCUGAGGCUGUGAUGGGGCUGAAGGAGCUCAGACAACAGGUCAGAGACCUAGAGGAGCACUGGCAGCGUCACCUGGCGCGUACGGCGGGCCGCUGGAAGGACAACCCUAGGAAGAAUGCUGUGUCUGAGCUGCAGGAUGAGCUGAUGAGUGUCAGGCUACGGGAGGCUGAGGCCCAGGCAGAGCUCAGAGAGACACGUCAGAGGAUGAUGGAGCUGGAGACACAGAACCAGAUCCAUAGCAACCAACUGCGUCGGGCGGAGCAGGAGGGGCGGGGCUUUCAGGAGCGUGUGACUGUGCUGACGGCCCAGAAUAAGGGCCUACACGUUCAGCUGCAGGAGAUCAAACGCAAACAGGCAGAGAUUGAGUGCAAGAACAAGGAGGAGGUGAUGGCGGUGAGGCUGAGAGAGGCUGACAACAUCGCUGCCAUGGCCGAGCUGCAGCAACAGAUCUCUGAACUGGAGAUACAGAAAGAAGAAGGGAAGGUCCAGGGCCAGCUGAACAACACAGACUCCAGUCAGUACAUCAGAGACCUGAAGGACCAGAUAGCUGAACUCAAACACGAGAUCCGCUGCCUAAAAGGCCAGAGGGGGAGCAGCAUGUCCAAUCAGCCCGCUUUUGAUGGGAUCCACAUUGUCAAUCACUACAUACCAGAUGACGAGUCGUACCACUCCUCGGACGAAGACACAGGUGUAGGCAAGACCCCCUCCCACCUGGACCAUCAGCACAGCAGCAUCAGCCGCAUCAGGCUGCACCCCUCCCUGGGUCUUAGGGACACUGACAGUGAGGGGGAUGAUGAUGGGCAGGGUCUGGUUCUCUCUGUGCCUCCCAUUGGCACCCACAAACACACCACCGUGUGACUGGGUGAUGGGCACCAUCGCUAGACGCCUGGAGGCUGAUCAGGGCAGUUCUGAUCUGGUACAGUGGGACAGAGGGGUUGUCCAUGGUAGCAAGCCACUCUUCAGGAGAAUCGCGUUUGACUGUCUGUGGGACUCCAAUGUAGGGAGCUCCUUUCAAUGGAAUCUUGGAAUGGAAUGUGUGGGCUUUGUCAACAAGUGAAGUCGUAGCAGAAUCACACCUGUGGUGGAGUUGGUUGUUUUCUUUGUCUGUUGCGUCAGUCUGCUUUACUCUUGUUUUGCCAAAACCCACCUGAAGAGGAUCAUAUCAGUGUGUUGCUCUGGUCUGGACCCCAGGCAGGCAGAUCAGAGAAGGACAACAUGGAGGUUCAAGUAGCCCCCUGAGCUCCACGGAGCUAGGCUGACCACCAGGGAAGUGGACUGGGGUUACCCCGUCCAGGGUGACCCCACCCAGACAACCAAACUACAGGCACUCCCUCAGCCCCACAACCAACCAUGGUACAACAGACACAACACACAGAGACUGUGCAAUAAAAUGUUUUAUGCUUUAUGAUGACUAUGACACUUCUUUCAAUCAGUUUUUAUUUUUUUUAUCGCUUUUAUAAGUGAACAAUCAAAAAUGUAUAGAGCCCUUUUGUGUGGGUGUCUGUAUUAUAUCAGGAGAGAAUAAUGUACUGAAGAGUGAUGAAUGUCUCUAUUGAACAUGGUUAAUGAGCCCCAGUAUCAAACAGUGUCAACAAGCAUUAGGGUCGUAUUCACUAGACACCAAACAAAGGAGAAAAAAAAGGACCAAAACAGGGAGGGACUAGUGUAGUACCUGUUAACAGUUUAACAGCUGAUAUGUCCCCCAUCAGGGGACUACAUACUAAAUAGGUUUUUAGACCAAGGAGUUGGAAAUGGAGCUUGCAGUUCCUCCAGGAACGGUGUACCACUUCUCUAAAAAAAAAAAGAAACAUGUUUUUGUUUCAAAACUUGCCGUUUGCAACAAUGUGCACUAAUGAAUACGACCUAGGUUGAUAUAAUGUUGGCUUUUUGGCCUUUAGACAUACAACCUGUCUAUCAUCAGGCCUGGUAUAGGCCUAUCCAAAGGUCAAUUUGAGUCCUGUAUACUCCGUAUAUAUGUAAUUGUUUGUUUUUCAUGUCCAUUUUGACUUGAAAAUAUGUAUCUAAUGAAUUAUUGCAUAUCUGUUUAAUGUAGGAUGCGGCUGAAAGGGACAUAUCACUCUAGUUUUGUCAAGAUGCACAGAUAACUGAUUAGCAGACAUUUCUUUCAGAUGUGGGCUGCGUUCCAAUUCUCCACCCUUCUCCAGAAGUGAGCACUUGUUCACUUCCCCUCAUGCAUUUAAAAGCAUUGGAUUGGUGCAAGCAUGGCUGAAGGGAGUUUCCACCAUAUUCCCUAUACCAGUGCAUUUCUUUUAUAUCUAUGAGGGGGAGUGUACAAGUGCACUCUUUGGGAAAGGGGUAGAGUAUGGGAACGUAGCCACAGUCUCAAUGUACUGUAGAUGUUUUCAUAUAUCCUACUUUUCUCUGUUGGGACGAUCUUACUUUUGGAGGAAGGACUGAUUUAGGAUCACUUCAUAAUUUCAUAGAUUAGAAUACGUUUCAGCAUGUUGGUUAAUGGAAGCAUGUAACUAGUUUAUUAAGUAAACCAGCCCAGAUUUAGAAGUACUGCUAUUUCUAAAGUGGGCAUAUUGAUCUUUAAAUAAAUAAUCAUUAAGGGACAUAAUGAGAAGUAUGAGAACUGUAAUCUGAAUCUUGUAUGAACAUAAAUAAUGUUAAACAGAAGUAUUGCUAUGUUGUACUUUUGCACGAAAUGAAUGACGGUCCAAGCCAAUGAAACAAUCUACUGCAUUUGGGAAACAACACUUAUCUGAAAAUACUAAGAAGAUAAUUCUAAAUGUUUGUCAAAUGGCAAACUAUUCCCUAUGUGUAGUGCACUGCUUCUGGUCAAAAGUAAUGCACUAUGUAGGGAAUAGCUUGCCAUUUGGGAUGCAUCAUAAGAAAUGGGCUGUUUGUUUCCUCUGUGAAUGAAGCAAAGUGUAUUGUCAAGUGUUACCAAACUGUAGGAGGGGUUGUAUAAGCCUGGUCUCAGAUCAGUUUGUGCUGUAUAGCCUAUAACUCGUAUGGUCAUUGUGAUGCCUUGGCAUGACAGAUCUGGGACAAUGAUGGCAUUUUAAACAGUAGGCUCUGCCAGCCAGAGAAAUACGCACCACUCGGUUUCAUAAAGGUUGAUGUUGAUCCAUUAUCAGGAUUAGCAGAACACUAAAAUAGACAACUUCUCUAGGUUGACAUGACCUGCGCCUUGUUUCCCAGAGCCYUCGUAGCAUUAAGAUAAUCCUUACAUAUUUAGUAGCCAAGGUGUUUCCCUGAGCCUUCGUUAGUAACGUGGCUCAUAGAAACCUUUGCACAUCUACGAGUGAUCCAGACUACUCGUAGAGCAGUCAAAGUGCGUCGUUAGAUGCAUUUUUGCCCUUCCGCGUCACAUUAUUCACAGAUCUCCGCUAAAAAUAUAUUAAACAUCAUGAUUCUAUUGGUAUGACUAACUGCCGAUAACUUCAGAAGGACGUUAUUGACUACAAAUACAAAGUUGCCAAAGUAUUUCUAAUUGUUGGAAACAAAUGAAAACCGAGAUUAUUACAGAGAUUAUUACAUGGACUACACAGCCUAAUUAGGCUAUUUUAAUCUUAUUGAAAUAAAUUUCAUGUUCAAUCAAUUGAGUUCUAGUUUGCGACUAGGCUACAGUUUGUAAUGUUUGCCUCUGUGUGACAACGUGUGUAAUGAUAAACCCAAUCUGUGAUUUCGUGCAUUAUUAUAAGCAUAAUAAACCGUGUCGCCUUCAAUAGCCAUAGAAGGUGAUCUCUCUCUAUGAGUUGAUCUGUCAUCAGUAUUGUGGGAUAAUUAUGUUUAAAUAAGAUUUGAAUGGAGAAAGCUGAUCCGAGCGCUGUUUUUCUUUCUAUCCUAUCAGUAUCGACACAUGGUCUUAAGGCGCAUUUAGCACACGUUCUCUUUACGUGCUUGUUUGGGAAACACUUAAAGUUGGCUCGUAAAUAACGAUGCAUUCGGUACGGUCAUCGUAAUGCGUAAAUUACAUCGCAAYUUGGAAAUGAGGCACACAACAAUGGACAUCUUAUAUUUGCGAGAUUUUUAAACGUUUUUACCGCAGUGGCCCUUUUAAGACAUUAGAACCAAAACCUAUCAGCCAAGUCUCUUACUCAGGCUCGGUAACAUAUUUAUAUCCAGAACGCACGGACUCAUUAUUCAGAAGAGGUUUUGUGAUACUGAUGUGAUAUUCCUUGGUUGGUUGAGGACAACGAAAGAUGGAAUAUUUGGAAAGGCAUCAUGACGCAGUUUUGGCACUUUCAGAGAAAGACAAUAUAAUGCAGUAAAGAGAGAAGUCUACAUGGAAUAAUAACGCUAUGGAAUAAUCAUUACCACACUCUGAAAACAACAUGUAUGUGAAAUGAAUGUGUUUGAGUUCACAAAUAAACUUCACUAUUUGAUAAACA